AUGCAGCGUUCGUUCUCUUUCAGCUUCUCGGUAAAAACGAUUGGUGAUCCGUGCCAAUACCCUGCAAUUGCUGGCGACUUGUGGUGGCCCAGACAAAUAGUCUCCUCCACAGGACUAUGUCGGUUUGGAAGUAGAAUUGACUGCUGCUGGGGCUGGGCCCGAGUGUCCUGGGGGCAAUGCCAACCUUUCUACGUCUUAAGGCAGAGAAUAGCCAGCCUAAGGUGCCAGCCCAAAGCAAUAUGCCAGCCAGGAUGCAAACAUGGUGAGUGCGUUGGGCCAAACAAGUGUAAGUGCCACGCGGGAUACACUGGAAAAACCUGCAACCAAGAUGAGCAGCUCUAUACAAGUCCAUCUGGUCAGAGCAGUGAAGCACUUGUAUUCCGUCCCCUGGAUCAUCAUGCAAGAAAUACGGCGUCAAGGGAUCUAAAUGAGUGUGGACUAAAGCCACGGCCAUGCAAACACCGGUGUAUGAAUACCUACGGCAGCUACAAGUGCUACUGUCUGAAUGGUUACAUGCUUAUGCCAGAUGGAACGUGCUCGAAUGCCCUUUCUUGCUCGAUGGCAAACUGUCAGUAUGGCUGUGAUGUACUGAAAGGGGAAGUACGCUGCCGCUGUCCUUCUCCAGGACUGCAGCUAGGGCCUGAUGGCAGGACUUGCAUAGAUAUCGAUGAAUGUGCUACUGGGAGAGUUAUCUGUCCACGAUUUAGGCACUGCGUCAAUACUUUUGGAAGCUACAUUUGCAGGUGUCAUAAAGGCUUUGAUCUUAUGUACAUCGGAGGCAAAUACCAAUGCCAUGAUAUAGAUGAAUGUUCUCUUGGCCACCAUCAGUGUGGUAGUUUUUCACGAUGUUACAAUACACCAGGAUCCUACAAAUGCAAGUGUAAAGAAGGCUACAGAGACAAUGGAACAAACUGCAUACUUAUUCCUAAUGUUAUGAUUGAACCACUUGGUCCAUGUCAUAUAAUCAAGGGCAACAGCACACUUCCCAAGGGAGGCAGUGGUAUAAUCAAUAGGACUGAUGGAGGCACAAAGCAACCCCUCAGACCACCAUAUGUACCUCUUACUGUUACAGAAAGGCCGGUCACCAGGCCGACGACUCGACCUACACCCGGGCCGACGACUCGACCUACACCCGGGCCUCCACCUCCAACACCACCUCAGUCUACAACAUUAAGACCUACACUACCACCACAAAGAACUCCUCUGAUAACAACUGAAGAGCCUUCAUACAUUCCUAUUGAAACUACAUCUUCCCAAGGAAUUACAGAUGACAACAGGAUCCAGAGAGAGCCUCAGAAACCCCGAGGAGAUGUGUUCAUUCCGCGCCAGCCUGGAGUGAGCAAUAAUCUGUUUGAAAUACUUGAAAUUGAAAGAGGGAUUACUGCUGAUGAAUUUGAAGCCAACGAUGACCCAGGUGUGCUGGUACACAGCUGUAAUUUUGAUAGUGGACUGUGCGGAUGGAUCAAGGACAGAGAUGAUGACUUGCACUGGGACCCAGUGAGAGAUGCAUCAGGGGGACAGUACCUUACCAUCCCUGACCCCAAAGGCAAAGAAGGAAGAGUAGCGCAUCUUAUCCUGCCGUUGGGUCACAUGGCUCAGGCCGGGGACUUGUGCCUGUCGUUUAGGCAUAAGGUGUCCGGACUGCAUUCUGGUGCCCUCCAAGUCUUCGUAAGGAAAAACGGUGCUCACGGACCAGCUGUCUGGGGAAGAAACGGUGGCCAUGGCUGGAGACAGACACACAUAACUUUACGAGGACGAGGCAUCAAGAGUGUUAUUUUCAAAGGGGAGAAAGGGAAAGCGAGAACUGGGGAUAUUGGACUAGAUGACGUGAUCUUGAGGAGAGGACGCUGCUCUGAAGACCAUUAG